UUGCCAGUAACAAGCUGGUGAGUUGGCUGUAUCCUUCUGGUGUUUAAUGGGAGACUCAAAUAGUGCAGUGAUCUGUCUCCAUCUCCUCCAUCAUGAUGCUGUCAUUUCAGUGGUUUCGGCUGGUCCUUGUGUUUUAUCCGAUGAGUCUCAGAGGCGUGGAGGCUCAGUUUCCACGUUCCUGUACAACACCAGAGGCUCUGCAGACCCGAGAGUGUUGCCCCCCCUGGAAUGGGUCUCCCUGUGGGUUUAGCUCAGGGCGAGGAGUCUGUGCACCUCAUCCUGCAAGAGACCUCCCAAAACCAGUGGAUUACAGGGUGAACUGGCCCCGAGCCUUCUAUGAUUCAGUGUGCACAUGCUGGGGAAACUAUGAUGGAUCUGACUGUGGUCAGUGCCUCCCAGGCUGGAGAGGACCCCAGUGUCAGCAAAGGCACCAUGUGGAAAGGAAAGAGAUAACGGAUCUGACUGAUUCUGAGAGGGAGACCUUCCUCUCAAGCCUGCACCAGGCAAAACAGAGCCUCAGCAGCCGUUACAACAUCCUCACAAGCAAUGACACAACAGUGGACGGGAACUACGCAUUUCAAAACACAAGUGUCUAUAAUCUGUAUGUAUGGAUGCACUACUACUCAGCUAAGAGCUACGCUGGUUCUGAAAAUAAUGCUGCACACCGGGGCCCUGCUUUUCUUUUCUGGCACAGAGUGUUCCUACUUUUUAUUGAGAGGGAGAUCAGGGAGCUCACUGGGAACCAAGAUUUCUACAUCCCAUACUGGGACUGGACCAGAACCAACCACUGCAACAUCUGCACCAACAAGUAUUUUGGUGGAGUCAGAGAAGACGGUCGUAUAGACAGCGCUUCCCUUUUCUCAAAGUGGAAGACCAUAUGUCCAUUUCAGGAAAGUCUUGGUAUAAUCUGCAUCCACUCUGAUGCCUCUGAUCCUGCACAUCUGAUCCGCAACCCUGGAAAGGAUCCAAUCUACAAAACACUGCCAACUGCUGCUGAUGUUGAAGACACAAUGGCAACACCACUUUUUGACACGCCUCCAUUUGACAUAACUUCUAAGAACAGCUUCAGGAGCAAGCUAGAGGGAUUUCAGAUUCCCAGUGAUUCCCGACACCUGAAUGCCUCUAUGCACAACCUGGUCCACAGAUACUUCAAUGGCACAAUGUCUCUGGUCCCUACUGCAGCCAAUGACCCCAUCUUCAUGCUACACCACAGCUUCAUUGACAAGCUCCUCGAGAGGUGGUUGCAGGACCACAGCGAGGCGACCUACCCUGAGAGCGACCAGGUCCAUCCAGCCCAGAGAGCGCAGGCCUACAUGGCCCCCUUCUUCCCUCUACGCACCAACAACUACUACUUGGGCAGGGACACCAAGAGCCUGGGUUACAGCUACAAGGAACAUAGCCUCUCUCGCUCUGCAGCAGGUCACAUCACAGCAACACAGGCUGAAGGUAGAGAGUUUCUAGAGGAAUCUUCAGCGAGUGGAGUCCAGUGGCAGUGGCCUGUUCUGGGCGUCUUUAGUAUUGUACUGCUCUGUGUUAGCGUUGGGGCUGCUAUCACAUGCAAAGACAAAAGACAACAAACACAGAAUGCACAAACAGAGGAGAGACAGUCAGAGUUUGAUUGCAGGUCCAACUCUCUGUAUGCAGUCUGGGUUAAAGAGAGGAAUGAGAGCACUGACAAAUCAUCGUGCUCAGUUGAUGCUGCCUUCUGUGGGGAAGGUGUAGAAUCAGCUGUAAAUGUGGGUAUGGACCUUUGGAGUCAAAGAGAUGGAGAGUGAAAGAGUUGCAAAGUGCAGGUGAAUCAAAGCCUGCGUAGUGAAUAGACCACCAAUCGAUGAUGGAUAUUCUAUAACAGCAUCUGACUUAGAUGGGCUUGAUGUUAUAUAAUCUGGUUACAACUAAAACUUAAUUCACUUUUUGUCCAUCUAAUAGUUCAUCAUUCUAAGUGAUUAUUUAGUCCAUUUGCUCAAUUAACCUAGUCUCCAGUUCUUUAGGUUCAUCUAAUGCAGUCUAAUACAACAGCCUAUCUUCACAAGCAUUGUAAUCUUCAGUUUUUGGUCAUACUCUUACUGUUUAGAGGGGUGUUGAUUCAACUGCAUGAGCAUUUUUACAGGAUGUGGUUUGUGGUGGCACUGAAUUGUAUUUCAUUAUGCUGAGAAGUAUCUCUAAUACUGAGUGUUUGUGCAGUUCCAUAAAACUGAAAUAUAGUUGAGAUACAUAUUCCUACAUGCUCGCAUGAUGAGGCAACCUAAGCUAUUCAGACAUGGUCUGCUCCUCUUUACAUAGAGAAAGCGUCAAUUUACAUGAACUUCAAAUAAAAACUUAAAAAAUAAAAGUUUAUUAUAACAGCAAGAUGUGUACACUGGGUAAAGUUACUGUAUCUUUCUGCUGAUAUACAGCUGUUUUCCAUGGGAAAUAUCAAAAUGGCACAAGACAUUUUCACAAGAAAAAAAUAAAAUCAACUCAAUCAUCAGAACUCACAUCCUGUCUGUCAAACAUGAACUAAUGAGAAAAAAAAUAUGUAAAAAUAAAAAUGUUUCACUUUUCAAUUUGA